UUCCUAUCAGUGUCUAUUUUGGCAGUACGGAUACACAUGGAGUCUCCAUCACCCCCACUCUCUUUCACGCACCGAGUCCGGUAACGCGCCGGUCCUGAUCGUCACCUUUUGAGCAAUCGAUCCUCUUGUGGACUAAUAUGACAAACGUGCGCUUAUAGAGGCGUGACACGGCAAAAAGAGGAGGCACAUUUCCCGUGGAUCAGUCUAUCUGUUCCGACCGCGAGUGUCAGCAUGGACGUCCUGGCCAACCACAGUAUAUUUCAGGAACUUCAGCUCGUGCACGACACCGGUUAUUUCUCCGCCAUGCCUUCGCUGGAAGAGAAUUGGCAGCAGACCUGCCUCGAGUUGGAGCGAUAUCUGCAGACGGAGCCCAAGCGUCUGUCCGAGCUCUUUGACCAUGACUUGGAUGGACUCUUGACCCCGGCCUACCUGAAGGAUGAUGGCGAGGAAGACCUAUCUGACGUUCUCCUCCCCAGCAUACAUGAGCCGCCGAGCCCACCAACAGUGAUACUCUGCCCCACACGGAAGAACUUGCCCUCCACUACAUCAAUAAAAACUGAACCGAAGGUACCAGAACCCACAGAAGGGAUGGAAGGAGUUCACCAGGCCCAGCUAAGUGCAGUCACCUCCCUGACGCCCCCCUCAUCGCCAGAACUGGGUCGGCAUCUUGUGAAACCCAGCCCGUCCCUAACAGCGUCUGCUGAUGGGGCGCUCACCCUCAAGCUGGUGGCCAGGAAGGUGGGGCUUAGCGCUGCUCGACUGGUGGCGGCACACCCGCUCCCCGUCCAGGUAAAGGAAGAAGACGAGGGAGUAUCGUGCGUGCUCGGUGAGCUGCCGGAGAAUAAGAAGAGGAUCCACCGCUGUCAGUUCAAUGGCUGUAGGAAGGUUUACACCAAGAGCUCCCACCUAAAGGCCCAUCAGAGGACACACACAGGUGAGAAGCCGUACAAGUGCUCAUGGGAGGGCUGCGAAUGGCGAUUCGCCCGGAGUGACGAGCUGACGAGGCAUUACCGCAAACACACCGGCGCCAAACCCUUCAAGUGCAACCACUGCGACAGGUGUUUCUCACGGUCGGAUCAUUUGGCACUGCACAUGAAGAGGCACAUCUGAGGAGCACAAGAGAAGUCAGAAAGGGAGUGGAGACAGAGAGGGAGCAGAGAGGGCAACGACACUUGCAGACAAAUUAUUACCACGGAUCUCAGACAGAUGUCAAACCCCAUAUUUGGCAGUUCUGGAGCGGAGGCAGAUGUAUCACGCCUUUGGCAUAAGCACUGGCAGGCAACACACGGGUCCCACAAGAUUCCAUUAAGCGUCGUCUGCCUCCUGGAAUGGGACCUUUAGCUGGCAGCUCUUGGUUUCAGUCCACUUUUGCCUCAUGCAGCAUUGCCCCACAUGCAGCCAAUUUAGCACCUCUAUUUCAUCCUCUUUGAGCUAAACACGAUCUUGCUAGGUUGCCGUAGCCUUUCUCUUCAGUCAAAGGUGGCAUAAUCUCAUACGUUUUUUAUUUGACCUCUCGUAGUUCCCAACUGGAUCCACUGAUAAAUCCAUCUGGUUCGAUGGCACUUGGCGAUUGCAGACUUGAAGAUUGUAGUGUGGUUUUGUGUGUGGAGGCUGAUUGAGGUCAUCCAAACAGCUGUGUGGGUCUAGAAACAUCAUCCAUUAGAACUUUCACCUGGAUGUGGUCAACUAAUCUACUCCUGGCAAAGAGAGGCCAUCCCCUGCUUGAACCUGAUAUCCAGAUCUUCGAAGCUGAAAUUAUUGCACAAUUGACUCUUUGCAAACCUUUUGUUAAAAAGAAAGGCCCAAGUUUGUCAGAAUGAGAGGCUCCUGGGUCCCAUGCACAAGUCAAAGCAGCUUGCUGACUGUAAUCGCACAUCAGACAAGAUCACUAUGUAUGUAAAGGUUAUAUUGUUUUUAAGCAAAGAUCUCCUAUUUGUUUGGAAGACCAUUCUGAAGAACUCUUUGGGAAUGGAUGCAGCCAAAUAAAAAUUGUCGAUGCCUGAGGUGAUCUCUCGGGCCUUUGAGAGUGAUUGGCAUCAGAUCAGCCACCACAUUGCUCGCCAUGCAGAACUGUUCCAGUUUAGUCCACUUCCUUUCUUCCAAUCUUCUCCAGUAAAUCAGGCCCUAUGCAUCUCCUGGGACAUUCCACCGAUUCAUCCCCUGUAGGACAUGGAAUGGACUUGUAGGAGAACAAGUCCAAUCAAUUGGCUGGCAGAUCAAUGUGAAUGUAUCUUUAAUGUGUCUGUGCACGUGAAGCUGAAAAUGUGAAUGGUGUAACAGUCACUUCUGGUUAAAACCACACCUUUCCACGUCAUUGUUAAACUCGAAAGUCACGCCUGGUGACUUGUGUCAUACAUUGUUCCGCUUGACCAUCAAGGGGUCAGGAGAGCAGCUUUCCAUGGGGUGUCCGAUGGAGGGUUAAGAGGGAGAGAGGAGGGAUUUGAUCUGCACACUGAUCAGAUCUGCACACUCAGCAAAGUUAACUGCCCUUUCAACUCCUAAAACUUAAACAGAGUGAGACAUCAACAUACAAAGACACAUAGUUGCAUUUCUUCAUGGUGCUUUGACCUCUGAAUCCCAGUUGCCAGCACCCUUAAAUGCCUUUUAUCCAGGCAGUGUGGACAAAUGGAGGCUAUGCUGACUGACUCAGCUGUAAUCCUUGACACAAUCUACGGUCUCUGUUUAAAAAAAUGGGAUUUUUAAAAUUUUGAGUCAAAUGAGCUCUUCUAGGAUAGUACGUAAGCCACCAGAUCAGCUCCUAGCUCGCAGUCCUAGUGUUCGGUCCGGAUUUGAAUGCAGACAAAAUGAAUACAAGUGGUUUGUACCCUCAAUGGCAGCUCUAUGUAUGUGUUUCAAAAAAUCCAGCUGUAAUGUUGACAUGAAUGGUGGUUUUGGUUCUUCUAAAUGUUCUCAUGGACAACCCUGGACGAGAGCACACAAAUAUCCCAAAUACAGCAUUGUUUGGAAACGACAUAAUUAAUUUGAAAGUGUACGUUGGCAAAAUGUGAAUGUUUACUUUUUUAUACUUUUUUUUGUGCUUCACAUGUGUCAUUUUAACGAAUGAUGGUCAAUUAUGCUGUGCCUGUGUGUGUAUUGUUGUUUUUUUUUGUCUGUAUUUGCACUCAAUUUUGGAAAACAAGAAAAAGUAACAUCUGAAGUUUUCUGUCCACUUGUGCACCUCACACCACUACCAUCGCAUCUCUGUACAGUAGCUGUUUUUUUACACAAACUUGCGCACAUACAUUCAAGCACGCCCUCAGCGCAUGCACAGACACUCAUAUGCGAGUGCACCCACAAGGGUGCACACACACACUCAUUCACUUACACACUGGCACGGUCUGAGGUGCAGGCUGCAGCUCUCAGCAUUGCUGAUCUCCUCCUGAAUUUUAAAUCAGACCCUUUUUUCUACCAGCGUCCCCUUGUUGCCUCCUCCUCCCCUGCACUCCUCUCCAUGAGAUAUCAACCCUUUCAACUCCCCGUCACCUACUUCCCCCUGUUUUCCUGUGUUGUCUUUCUCCUUUUCUUUCGACUGUAUACAGUGUUUCAAAUUUAUCAUUUGUAUAUUAUGAUGUAUGGGUAUGAUAAUGUUCUUUAUUAUGGAAAAAUGAGAGAUUUAUUUUUGUUACCAGUUUGUUUCAUAAUUAAUUUUUUUAAAUUGGUAUUGUAAUAUCUCUAUGCAAGCAACUGUUUUUUUGGGGGGGGGGUUUUGUUUUGUUUCGUUGUUUUUUUUUGUUUUUUUUUUAAUUUAAGAAUGUAAUGAUGUGUAAUAAAUGGUAGAUGCAGUUUGGCAUGGAGUAGUCAUGUUUCAUGGCUGGUCUGUUCAGUGACAAAAUGCACACAUUGUCAAUCCAAUCUUCUCACAGCAUCUUUAUGAUGUCUUAUCAAGACUCAAUCGCAGACUCAGCCCCUUGUAUUUGCGCCCAUCACUGACAUGUCUUUGCAGUUGCCCUGAAAGUGGGACCAGAAUUGAAUUCAGUGUGUCGUUUUUGUGUUCCUUGUAUCUUGACUUCAGAUUCCAUCCUUCACAGGAAGGCUGAAAACACCUGCUCACAUUGAGUAAUCACAUCUGUCAGCAAACAAGGUGCGAAGGCUUCUCCGCUAUGCUUGCCUUUUGACCAUGACCAGCUAAUAAAAAGCUAAUUGAAUAAGUAAUGGAUAAUUAGGGAGUAAUUACUCCCUGCUAAAUGGCCCUAUACAGUGUAUUAAUUCUCCUUGGGUCUGGCAAAGAGGAGCUCCCAUCAGGGCUCCCCCACCCUGCUUUUUUUUUUUUUUUUUCAUUUUAUACUGUAUGCUUUAAUUAAAACUUGCACCCUCAUCAAGAAGCUUACAUGUACAGUAUCUGUUCAACUUAAUGUACUAUUAUCAGUAAUUACAGACAGGCUAUCUACAGUGGGUACGGUAAGUAUUCAGACCCCCUUAAAUUUCUCUCUCUUUGUUAUAUUGCAGCCAUUUGCUAAAAUCAUUUAAGUUCAUGUUUUUCCUCAUGAAUGUACACACAGCACACCAUAUUGACAGGGGAAAAAACCGGAAUUGUUGAAAUGUUUGCAAAUUUAUUUAAAAAAAGAAAAACCGAAAUAUCAAACAGCCAUAAGUAUUCAGACCCUUUGCUCAGUAUUUACGAGAAGCACCCUUUUGAGCUAAUGAGUCUUUUGGGGAAUGAUGCAACAAGUUUUUCACACCUGGAUUUGGGGAUUAUCUGCCAUUCCACCUUGCAGAUCCUCUCCAGUUCUGUCAGUUUGGAUGGUGAACGUUGGUGGGCAGCAAUUUUCAGGUCUCUCCAGAGAUGCUCAAUUGGGUUUAAGUCAAGGCUUUGGUUCGGCCAUUCAAGAACAGUCAUGGAGUUGCUCUGAAGUCACUCCUUUGUUAUUUUAGCUGUGUACUUAGGGUCAUUGUCUUGUUUGAAGGUGACCCUUCGGCCCACUCUGAGGUUCUGAGCACUCUGGAGCAGGUUUUCGUCCAGGAUAUCCCUAUACUUGGCCGCAUUCAUCUUUUCUUCGAUUGCAACCAGUCGUCCUGUCCCUGGCGCUGAAAAACACCCCCACAGCAUGAUGCUGCCACCACCAUGCUUUCCUGUUGGGACUGUAUUCGACAGGUGAUGAGCAGUACCUGGUUUUCCAAAAAGUUCUAUCUUGGUCUCAUCAGACCAGAGAAUCUUAUUUCUCACCAUCUUGGAAUCCUUCAGGUGUUUUUUAGCAAACUCCAUUGGGGCUUUCAUGUGUCUUGCACUGAGGAGAGGGUUCUGUCGGGCCCCUCUGCCAUAAAGCCCCGACUAGUUGAGUGCUGCAGUGAUGGUUGACUUUCUAGAACUUUCUCCCAUCUCUCGACUGCAUCUCUGGAGCUCAGCCACAGUGAUCUUUGGGUUCUUCUUUACCUCUUCACCAAGGCUCAUCUCCCCCGAUUGCUCAGUUUGGCCGGAUGGCCAGCUCUAGCAAGGGUUCUGGUCGUCCCAAACGUCUUCCAUUUAAGGAUUAUGGAUGCCACUGUGCUCUGAGGAACCUUAAGUGCAGAAGAUUUUUUUUGUAACCUUGCCACAAUGCUGCCUCUGAGCUCUUCAGGCAGUUGCUUUGACCUCAUGAUUCUCAUUUGCUCUGACAUGCACUGUGAGCUGUAAGGUAUUAUAUAGACAAGUGUGCGGCUUCCCUAAUCAACUCCAAUCAGUAUAAUCAAACACAGCUGGACUCCAAUGAAGGUGUAGAACCAUCUCAUGGAUGAUCAGAAGAAAUGGACAGCACCCGAGUUAAAUAUAUGAGUCAAACAGCAAAGGGUCUGAAUACUUAUGGCUGUGUGAUAUUUCAGUUUUUCUUUUUUAAUAAAUCUGCAAACUUUUCAACAAUUCCGUUUUUCUGUUAAUAUGGGGUGCUGUGUGUACAUUCAUGAGGAAAAAAAUGAACUUAAAUGAUUUUAGCAAAUGGCUGCAAUAUAACAAAGAGUGAAAAAUGUAAGGGGGUUUGAAUACUUUCGGUACCCACUGUACCUAACUGUACUUACUACUUCUACUACUACAUAAGAAAUGACUGAAUAAUUUUUCAAUAAAGGCUGUGUUUUCAUGAAA